GUAAGCAAGUGAGAACCAAACUGUCACAGGCCUUUAAUCACUGGCUGAAUGUUCCAGAAGAUAAAAUACAGGUUAUAAUUGAAGUGACAGAGAUGUUGCACAAUGCAAGCCUACUUGUGGAUGACAUUGAAGAUAACUCAAAGCUACGACGGGGCUUUCCAGUGGCACACAGUAUCUAUGGAAUUCCAUCUGUAAUCAACUGUGCUAAUUAUGUGUAUUUCCUUGGUUUGGAGAAGGUUUUAACCCUUGAUCAUCCAGACGCUGUUAAAGUUUUUACCCGCCAACUACUGGAACUCCAUAAAGGUCAAGGCUUGGAUAUUUACUGGAGGGAUACUUACACCUGUCCUACGGAAGCUGAAUAUAAAGCUAUGGUAUUGCAAAAGACAGGUGGUCUCUUUGGAUUAGCUGUAGGCCUCAUGCAGCUGUUUUCAAAUUAUAAAAAAGACUUAAAGCCACUUCUUAACACACUUGGCCUCUUCUUCCAAAUAAGAGAUGACUAUGCCAACUUGCACUCCAAAGAAUAUAGUGAAAACAAGAGUUUUUGUGAGGACUUAACUGAGGGCAAGUUCUCAUUCCCAACCAUUCAUGCAAUUUGGUCGAGACCUGAAAGUACUCAAGUGCAAAACAUUUUACGUCAAAGGACAGAGAACAUAGAUAUAAAAAAAUACUGCGUACAUUACCUUGAAAAUUUGGGUUCAUUUGAGUACACUCGGAAUACAUUGAAAGAGCUUGAAUCUGAAGCCUAUAAACAAAUUGAAUCACUUGGGGGAAACCCUGAGCUUGUAGCACUAGUUGAACAGCUGAGCAAAAUGUUCAAAGAAAAUGAAAAUUAACAGU